AUGUCUGGCGAGUCCUCAAUUACAGAAAAGAAGCAGAUAACACAUGCGACCAGAGAGCUCAAUGCUAUCUCAUCUAGUCAAGAAGGUGAAGUCAAAGAAAUCAGGUCACUAAGAACAAUAACCUCUAAGAGAGCGGGCGAGGUCAAUUACAUCAAUGCUAAAACCGCACAUGGUGACACAGAAUUAUUAGCCGAAAUUGGAUACAAGCAGGAGUUGGACAGACAUUUCAGCACAGUACAAGUUUUUGGUAUUGCAUUUUCAAUUAUGGGGCUACUGCCCAGUAUCGCUUCAAUCCUUGUUAUGGCCUUUCCCGGUGGGAUGGUUUCCUUCAUCUGGGGUUGGCUUAUCUCGGGUGCUUUUAUCCUCUCAAUUGGUGCAGCCAUGUCGGAGAUGGCAUCAGCGAUUCCAACAUCCGGUGGUCUUUACUACUAUACCUAUUACUAUGCUCCACCUAAGUUUAAGUCUGUUCUCAGUUUUGUGAUUGGUAAUUCGAAUACAUUGGCAUUGACUGCUGCUUUGUGUUCCAUUGAUUAUGGUUUGGCAGAAGAAAUACUUUCUAUCGUAGUGAUUUCUAGGGAUGGUGAUUUCAACAUCACUAACGGUAAAACUUACGGAGUUUAUGCUGCUGGUAUUGUUGCAACAAUGAUACUUACUUCUUUUGCAACUGUGGCUGUUUCUAAACUACAGACAUUCAGUAUAAUAUCCAACCUAUCAUUAAUUGUAUUUUUCCUGAUUGUUUUGCCAAUUGGUGUCUCGAAAUCAGACAAGGUAAACUUCAAUAGUGGGAAGUUUAUCUUUGGCAAUUGGGAAAAUGAGAGCAAUUGGCCAAACGGAUGGCAAUUCAUGAUGGCAGGGUUUCAACCGGCAGUGUGGGUCAUUGGCGCCUUUGAUUCCUGUAUACAUAUGUCAGAAGAGGCCAAAAACGCUACUAAAGCGGUACCUAUCGGUAUUUUGAGUUCUAUUACGGUAUGCUGGAUUGUCGGAUUUUGUAUUUGCAUAACGAUCGCCGCCUGUAUGGACAGUAACAUCCAAGCAGUGUUGAACACUGCUUACGGUCAACCUCUGGCCCAAAUUUUAUAUGACGCGCUAGGAAAAAAGUGGGCAAUGGCGUUCAUGUCUUUAAUUGCAUUCUGUCAGUUUAUUAUGGGUGCAUCUACUCUUACUGCUAUUUCAAGACAGAUUUGGGCAUUCUCUCGUGAUGACGGUUUACCUUUCUCUUGGUGGAUAAAAGUAGUGAACAAAAAGCUAUCGUCGCCAUUGAGAGCUACAUGGUUUGGUGGUGCAUACGCACUUUUUAUUGGUCUAUUGUGUCUGAUCGGAGGGACGGCUUCUAAUGCUUUGUUUUCCAUGUAUAUUGCAGCGAACUAUUUUGCCUGGAUGGUUCCAAAUCUACUGAGAAUGACUACCGGUCGCGAUCUAUUCACGCCGGGUGCAUUUUACUUGGGGAAAUUUUGGUCUCCAAUAAUCAACUGGAUUUCAAUUGCAUUCGAGUUUUUUAUUAUUAUAAUGAUGAUGUUCCCAUCUGACCAAUACGGUGUUACUCCAAACACGAUGAAUUACACCUGUGUGUUUGUGGGAUUUGUUUGGUUUGGAAGUCUUAUCUACUACUUGGUUUAUAAGUACAAGACGUUCCAUGGCCCUAAAUCGAAUAUCGACGAUGAGGAGUUUCAGGAUGUUGUCAGCCAAGAUGUGAUUGAUCAAAUACUAUCUCAUCAAAAGGCCUCCUGA